AUGGGAGAAACCGACGCCACCAGGAAUGGUCACAACUACGAUUCUGCGGAGCCCGCUGCCGAGCAGGACGACCCCUCGAAUGGUAUAGGUGGUUUCAAUGAGAAGCCCCCCAUCAUCACAGCAACUAGUACUGCCAUUACCAGUACCACCAGCGCUACCUAUCUCAAGGACUCGCACACUGUCGAGCAGCAGCAGAAGGAGCAUCAGCUAGUCGAGAGACUUCAGCAGGAAAAGGGACCCGAACACCAGCACGAUGCUCUCCGACCCGUUCACUGCAUCCCCAUCAGCAGCCUCCGAAACACCUGGCAGACCGACCUUGAUAAUGGUCUUUCCAAGAGCGAGGCCGCUGCCCGCCUCGAGCGUGAUGGCCCCAACGCUCUCGAGGGAGCCAAGGGCCUAUCCGUUUGGGAGAUUCUCAUGAGACAGAUCUCGAACAGUCUGACCCUCGUUCUCGUGAUCGUUAUGAUCCUGUCCUUCGCUAUCAAGGACUACAUUGAGGGCGGUGUCAUCACCGCCGUCAUCGUGCUCAACAUCGUCGUUGGUUUCGUUCAGGACUAUCGCGCUGAACAGACCAUUCAGUCGCUAUACGCCCUGUCGGCCCCUACCUGUAAAGUCGUUCGCGACGGCAACAUUGAGUCCGUCAAGGCCGAGACCCUCGUCAAGGGUGAUCUCGUCAUGAUCUCCGUCGGUGAUGUCGUGCCUGCCGAUCUUCGUCUCCUCGACGGCAUCAACCUGUCUUCCGACGAGGCACUGUUGACCGGCGAAUCGCUUCCCACUAGUAAGCAUCCCGAGGCUAUUUUCCACGACGCGGACCUCCCUCUGGGUGACCGCCUCAACAUGGUCUACUCAGCGACCACCAUCACCCGCGGUCGCGCUCGUGGUCUUGUCGCAGCGAUCGGCGCCGACACAGAGGUUGGCAAGAUCGCGGCCAUGCUGCGCACGACGCGCAAGAAGGUUGAGGGUGCCUCGCUCCCGGCUCGCGCCUGGUAUCGUUUUAAGGACGGUGCCAAGAGCAUCCUCGGCCUCGUUGGCACGCCCCUACAGGUUAAGCUCAGCAAAUUCGCUCUGCUCUUGUUCGGCCUUGCCAUCCUCCUCGCCAUCAUCGUCUUCUCCGCCAGCAAGUUUGAGAUCAGCUCGCAGGUCCUCAUCUAUGGUAUCUGCGUCGGUGUCGCGGUUAUCCCCGAGUCCCUCAUCGCAGUCUUGACCAUCACUAUGGCUGUCGGUACCAAGGCCAUGGCGAAGGGCAAUGUUAUCGUCCGCAAGCUGGCUUCUCUCGAAGCUGUGGGCGGCGUGACCAACAUCUGUUCCGACAAGACGGGUACCCUUACCCAGGGCCGCAUGAUCACUCGUAAGAUCUGGCUGUCCGAGGAGACGACUGCCGUCAUUGAGGACUGCACCGAUCCUUACGACCCUGCCAGCGGUAGAAUCAAGUGGCCCGGCCUGACCAGCUCUGCCUCGAGUUCCGCCUCGACUCCCACCGUUGGAAACAGCGAUGACACGAUCCAGGCCUCCACGAUGGGCGCUUUCCUCAAGGCCAUCUCCCUCUGCAACAACUCUGUCGUCACCGACGGCAAGGCUACCGGCACCGACACCGAGUCGAUGACCACCGUGCAGACCGAAGUAGCACCCAACUGGUCCGCCAUUGGCGAGCCUACCGAGAUUGCGCUUCACGUCUUCGCCAUGCGCUUCGGCAAGGGCAAGGCCGACGUCGUUCAGGGCGACAACAGCAGACUGGUUUCCGAAUUCCCCUUUGACUCUUCUGUGAAGAUGAUGUCUGUUAUUUAUGAGGCCUCCAAGGUCCGCAACAUCUACACCAAGGGUGCCGUCGAAGUCAUGAUGGCCCGUCUCAACGAGACCGAGGAGGUCAAGGCUCGCAUCGCUGCCAAGGCUGACGAGCUUGCCUCCGAGGGCCUUCGUGUCCUUUGCGUUGGAUCCCGAUCUCUGUCUGACGAUGAAGAUGCCACCAAGCGCGAGGAGACGGAGAAGGGCCUUCGUUUCCUCGGCCUCGCCGGUCUCUACGAUCCUCCCCGUGUCGAAACUCUCGGCGCUGUCAAGAAAUGCAAGACUGCCGGUAUCUCCGUCCAUAUGGCCACUGGUGACCACAUUAAGACUGCCACCGCCAUCGCUUACGAAGUCGGCAUCCUUCAGGGAGGCGAGGGCGACUGGGCUGUUAUGCCUGCGAGCCGCUUUGAUUCCAUGUCCGAGCAGGAGAUUGACAGCCUGGAAAGUCUGCCUCUCGUCCUCGCUCGCUGUAGCCCUUUGACCAAGGUGCGCAUGCUUGAAGCGAUGCACCGCCGCAAGGCCUUCUGUAUCAUGACGGGUGAUGGUGUCAACGACUCGCCCGCUCUCAAGAAGGCCGAUGUUGGUAUUGCCAUGGGCAAGCGAGGCAGUGACGUCGCCAAGGAGGCGGCUGAUAUGGUUCUUACAGAUGACAACUUCUCGUCCAUCGUUACUGCAAUUCAACAGGGCCGGCGCUUGUUUGACAAUAUCCAGAAGUUCCUCCUCCAUCUUCUGAUUUCCAACAUUGCACAGGUUUUCCUUCUAUUGAUCGGCCUGGUCUUCCAGGACGACUCUGGCACGUCCAUCUUCCCCUUGUCUCCUAUUGAGAUUUUGUGGGCGAACCUUAUCACUUCGUCAUUCCUCGCCAUCGGUCUGGGCCUUGAAGAGGCUCAGCCCGAUAUUCUCUACCGCAAGCCUCACGACCUACGUGUUGGUGUCUUUACCUUCGACCUGGUCCGCGACAAGAUGAUCUACGGUGUGUGCAUGGGAUCUCUCUGUCUCGCUGCCUUCGCAUCCGUCACCUACGGCCCCGGCGGCGGCGAUCUUGGACACGGCUGUAACGAAGGAUACAACCCCUCCUGCGAUGUUGCUUUCCGCGCCCGUUCGACGACCUUCUCGACGCUGAGCUUCCUCCUGCUUGUCACAUCCUGGGAGGUCAAGCACUUCCAGCGCAGCUUGUUCAACAUGGAGCAUGAGUCUCACAGUGGACCCUUGUCUGUUUUCAAGACAGUCUGGAAGAACCGCUUCCUCUUCUGGGCCGUUAUUGGCGGCUUCGUCAUGACGUUCCCCGUUGUCUACAUCCCUGUUAUCAAUCACGCAGUGUUCAAGCACACUGGCAUCACAUGGGAAUGGGGCAUUGUUGCAGGCUGCGUUGUUGUAUACAUUGCCCUUUUCGAGACUUGGAAGGCCAUCAAGCGCAAGCUUGGUCUUGGCGUCCAGGUUAGCCUGCCGCCCCCGGAGGACCAGGUUUAA